AUGAUUAAACCCCAGACUCUAUCUAUCUAUCUAUCUAUCUAUCUAUCUAUCUAUCUAUCUAUCUAUCUAUCUAUCUAUCUAUCUAAUCUAUACAUCUCUCUCUUUUCUCUCUCUAAGUCUAUUCAUAUCUAUCUAUCUAUCUAUCUAUCUAUCUAUCUAUCUAUCUAUCUAUCUAUCUAUCUAUGUCUAUUCAUAUCUACUUCUGUCUAUUCAUUUCAUCUAUCUAUCUAUCUAUCUAUCUAUCUAUUAUCUAUCUAUCUAUCUAUCUCUCUCUCUCUCUCUCUAUAUAUAUAUAUAUAUAUAUAUAUAUAUGUCUAUUCAUAUAUAUCAUCUCUCACUCUAAGUCUAUUCAUAUCUAUCUAUCAAUCUCUCUAUGUCUAUUCAUAUCUAUCUAUCUAUCUAUCUAUCUAUCUAUCUAUCUAUCUAUCUAUCUAUCUAAAUCUAGCUAUCUAUUUAUGUGCGAGUGUAUUUCGUGGCAGGGAUAUUUUCGUGCAUGCUUCUGGCGCCUGUUGUCCGCGUUUUAACUCAGCAACAUCUAUCUAUCUAUCUAUCUAUCUAUCUAUCUAUCUAUCUAUCUAUCUAUGUCUAUUCAUAUCUAUCUCUCACUCUAAGUCUGUUCAUAUCUAUGUCUAUUCAUAUCUAUCUAUCUAUCUAUCUAUCUAUCUAUAUCUAUCUAUCUAUCUAUCUAUCUAUCUAUCUAUCCUGAAUGAACUUUCUUGCGAUAUUCCGGAUACGUUGUAUUUGGGGGUGGGGGCUGUAGGCGAUAUCUAUCUAUCUAUCUAUCUAUCUAUCUAUCUAUCUAUCUAUCCUGAAUGUCAAUAA